UCCUCUUCCUCCUCCUCCUCCUCUUCCUCCUCCUCCUCUUCUUCUGGUCAUACUUAUUAUCUAGGCCAUCGCCAGCCUCCCCACGCUCAAUAUUUUAUUCCUCAUCUGAUUCUUCCAACUGACUACUCUUGUCAUUCAGUGAUCCAGAAGAGAGGUCAAGCGAGGUUAUUCACAAUAGACGUCAUCGCCGCUGAGACACUAUCGCCUCCAAUCAGUUCCCACCAACGCAUCUAUUAAGAGUCUUCCCCGCGCUCUCUGGAGGGCCAGGCAAGACAAUAAAACUGGUUCUACAAAAGUUCAUUUGAAACCUUUCCCCAGGUUGUGUCUUUGCCCGCGUCAACACCCAGUCUCUGGAACACCCGCGACUCUCCGGCAUCGCCGCCCCUCGCUCUUUCCUCGCCGAAAGUUUGCACGUAGCUGGAAUACGCCGUGUUUAAAACUUCUCCGGUCGAACCUUCCCUCUCUCUCUCUUACGCAGCAAACAACUCGCCGUCGAGCGAUAAACUUGGGACUAGUCGUUCAACGACUCGAGGUCAUAUAUAUUCGAACAUAAACCCCCCAUGCUUGUUACGAAUUAAACAAUCUUCUCGACAAACCUCGUCGAUUAGAAUCAACAACUUCCUAUAAGCCCCCCUUCGCCCUUUUGAUAUUGCCCAUAUCAACCGUACGAAUGCCUUACACACCCCCCAGCCAGCGGUCACCCGCGUCCUCUGGCCCAUCUUCUCCCGCUAGCAGUCGGAGAGGUUCUUUUUUACCGGGCCAGCCGGUUCCUUCAUCACCUGUCUCCCAGAGACUGGAAUUACCGCGAUCGGCAUCUUACCUAACCCGUCACCGCCGGACACCUUCAGUCAAGUCAGCUUCAUUCGUGGCCAAAGAUGGCGCCGACACUAGACUUCCUAUAACUGACCGAGAGAGGAGCAGCUUGCAGCACAACGUCAACCUCCGCAAGUCUCCGCCUCCAGUGACUGACGAGUCUAAGUUGCCAUCUGGGGUUAUUCUCUCGCCGCCCGAGUCUGCACAGAACUCCAGUGACGACGAGGACUCGGGAAAGCCGAGAGGAAGGCAAAUCGAAAAGCUUUCCGAACUUCAGGCCGCGAUCAGGAACAUUGCGCAACAUCGAGCCAGCUCACCAAGUGACGACGAUACGGAGGCCAACCAUGCGGGUAAAUCCCUGAGCCUCAUCAUGCCGCCACAACCAGAUAACUUGGAAGUUGCAAAUGGAAAUCCGGGGCAGAAGCUCUCACCAUCGGCUAUCAAGAUCUCCCAUUCCCGCUCUAGCACAGAUACCUCUUUAUACCUAAACGAGAUGAGGCACCAACAGCAGGCCGACACACCCAUCACCGAGACCGACGAUGAUGAUACUGAUGAUAGCGAAGGCAGCCAGUAUCGGAAACCUCCAAUGGUUCGCAAGAAGUCUGGUGAGCUCGUUCGCCCUGCACUUCGACCAUCCUCGAGACGGAGGCCUUCUAGCAUGCCCGGCACACCGACGUUCUCCAAAGCCGUUCAUUUCGACUCUCAUCUCGAACACAUCCGCCAUUUCCUACAGAUUGACCGACCUCUGGCCGUUAGUGCUGGAUCGUCGCCUGUCGAAGCUUACGCCAGCGACUCCGAGUUUCCAUUUAGUGAUGAGGAGGGCCAAGACCGUCUCCCAUUCGAGUGGGAGAUCACAUUGGCCAAUUUCCCCGCAGAGACAUACGAUAGAUUACAGCUCCCUGUCCGCGUGGAAAGGUUCUACCUAUCGAGUGAUAACAAGAUGCUGAUCGGUUCAGUUGCUGUUGCCAAUCUAGCAUUCAACAAGAGCGUCGUCGCUCGUUUCACUCUCGACUAUUGGAAGACAACCUCCGAAGUCCUCGCCGAAUAUACCAACGACGUGCGCCGGAAACUCCAGAAUGACGGGUAUGAUCGGUUCAACUUCACAAUUAAGCUCGCCGACCUGGCCAACUUGGAGGCAAAGACAAUGUUCUUCUGCGUCAAGUAUUGCGUCAGCGGCGUGGAAUAUUGGGACAACAACAACAAUACCAACUUCCAAGUUGACUUCAGGAAGAAGAUGAAGUCGAUGAACAGCAAGAAGGUUACGCAAGGCUCAUCUUCCCGACAAACUACCGGUCUUCCCAGAAGUGGCAAUAGACCGUCGAGUCGACGAACUCCAACUACCUUUGAGGAUGAUUUUGCAGAUGGAUUUGAUAACCCUGCUACGAAGUACCGAUUCCCCUCUUCAACACAGUCCAAUAACUUUGGAGGCGGGAAUGGAAGGUUAAAGGGGGUACGGUCUGAAGUUACUUUGAGCACGGAUAGUCUAGCGAAGAAGGCUCCAAGCCCAAUUGGCCAGGCAUUCUCCAACCGCUAUGAUUUUGGCGUGUCGAUAUCAGCUGCUAUCCAGGCUGCUAAUAGAGGGGACCGCCCUGAAAUUCGUCGAAAGCCAACGCAGCAUAGGCAGCCUUUGAAGUCUCUCGCAUCCCCUGUUGCCAAGCCAACCGCUGAGCUGGCAUCAUCCCGACCCACUGGCGCUCCUCUGGGCCAUCACACUGGAUCUAACUCUCUCAGACCUAACGGAGCUGAGCAGCCUCCGUUGGCCUCCCAAUCCUACAACGAACUCCUCGACAAGUAUUGCUUUUUUGGAUCUGCGAAGAACUCCCCGCCAUUGAAGGAUGGGACUUUAAAUUCGCGUCCUGCCCAGUAUGAUGGAACCAAUGAUAGCAACACUGGCUAUGUGGUCGAGUCUGAAUCUUCUUCCCCAGACAAUAGUUCGCCUCUCAUGAUGCAAAUGGUGCAGCGGCCUGCUAUGGCGAGUAGGAGCGGAUCGGGGACCAUUCAACGCUCUGUUUCCCCAGCCCCUAUGACUGGUUUUGUCACGGGUACGUCUCGGAUGUAUCCCUAUGACGCCCACAACGCCUCUGUAUUCAACGAAGCCCAUACACCGACAGCAAUCCGAGGAUAAUCGAUCAACGAAGAUAGUUAAGUUGGACUGACCAAUUGCAAAUGAUCUUGGGCAGUUGUAACCGGCGGUACCAGCGUGCUAUCUACGUUCGAUGAUCCGAAUUCGAGGGACCUCUUCACUGAUGGUACUUCGACGCCGUUCUUUCUGGAACAACUAAAUAGUAACUCGGGACUCGUGUCCCACAAACCCGCAACUCAUUCACGGGCUACGGCAGGCAUUUCGUAUGGGAGACGCACUUCCUGCUUUUGAUGCACUUGCGCGCUUCUUGCAUGUUUUUUGAACCAACAUCCCGCACUCUCUCCACCGCACCUCCGACCCUGCGACAGCAGCAGACGGGUUUCGUCCUGAAACCAAAAAUGAAACUUGUGUGCGGAUUUUUGAAAUCUUUACUCACCCUUCACAUACCGGGCACCAACCGGCAUAUCGGCAUAGCAUGAACUUGCUGUUUGAAUCUUCUUUUUUCAAAUUUUCUUGUUUGGGUUGGUCACAAAUCACAUCUUGAGAGCGAGGCGCUAGCGGUUUUUUCCAAAGUGCGCAAAUUUGGCAUCAUGGUUUUUAUGGGCGGGAAAUCGUCGGUUUUCGAGCAUUUUUUGGGAAUGGGAAUAUUUUUGCUUUUUUCUGCUUUUUUGCAGCGGCGUUUUGUCACAGGCGUUUUUUUCUGUGCUCGGGCAUGGAACUUGGGAGGAAGCGCUUCUUACUUUUUGUUUUGGGAUCCUAAAAGCAUGGUGGCUUGUAACGGCGGUUGUUUUUUGUUGCACAGGGGGGGGACUCUCUCGGCUCAGCUGGCUGGUGUGGUGGGGGAUGUUUGGCAAACUGGCUGGGGUAAUGAAAAUUGCGGGGACUGUGAAUAGGUAACGACUACAGGAUGCCCGAACAGGGCGG